AAUAAAAGAGUGUUUGUGGGCAGUUCAAGGUCAGAAACAAACUAAGGUGGCUGUGAAUCGGCUUUUUUCUCUUGCCACGGCACCAGGGGGAAUGUAACGACGAGGGGAUUAUUUCUUUAAACGAGGUUCUGUGCACCGCUGGGCUCACCAGCUGAUUUUUUUUUAUCCCCGUCAACGACGAAUACCGCUAGACCCGGGCUGCAUGCAGCCAGUCGGCUCUGCUCUCUACAAUGGAGUGCCUUUUUAACGGUACAAUGCAUUUCACCUACCAGAUAGGGGGAGUCCAAGCUGAAAGAUGAAGGGAAUAUGCUGAUGCCUGGCGAUCGGCAUCAAUGCAAACGUUCACCUUUUAGCGGGCAGCCACAGGAAGGCAAGAAGAGAGACAAGUAAUAAAGCCGUAUUUUUUCGUUUCAAACUCAGGAUGCGCGGCAGGGAGCAGCUGUAGGGACAGGAUCGAGGAGUGGACAGUCUUUAACAGGUCCGAAGCGCACUUUUCAGCCACCCCCCGUCAUCCGACAAGAAUAUGAUCCGCUCAAAUCAUAUGGACAUGCCUCAUUAUUCAAUGAACACUAUCUCUCACAACGCAUCGUUUACGCGCAGGAGUUAGCCGGCGCUUCGCCAAAUUUAAAAGGCUCUUGUCGUCCCACCUUCUGUGGAGCUGUCGGCACUCUUCCUGACAUCCGGCAUUCGUUGGAGCGGCGGCAGUCGCGCAGGGCUCCCUGAUCAGUGCCGACCAGAAGCGAAGCUGAAGCUGAGGCUGGCUUAACGGGGCUAAGCACACCAUCACGCUGUCUAAGAAACUACCCCCACCCACCGUCUGAGGUGGCCAUUCCAGCAAGCAGCAGUCAGUCAGGAGUGACAGUGAGAGGCCACUUGAUCCUAACAGACAGGUUGCACUCCAGUAUGCAGUUGGAGUGUUAAGGAUGGAGGACUCUAGUUUGUGUCUUGGUGUGUCGUCAGCGGUGCCCGACACUGAUGCCCAUCUGAGCAGUGCAGUGUUAAAUGGCCGCUACCCCAUCAGUCAAAAGCUUCAUCAGCUUACUGCCCAGCUAGGACACGCCUUUCCUGACCUACACCGCCCACAACAGAUCCCUGAAGAGAAAGCAGCCACGCCUUUGGACGAGAAGACCCACCACGCAGCCCUGGCCAGUCAACCUAUUAGCAGUCAGAUGGCCCUGCUAGCCAAUCAGCUCAACCGAGAUAUUGAUGCAGGGGCACUAAGUGGGUUGAACGGGCGUGUUGACCUGCAGCAGUUUCUCAAUGGCCAGAACUUGGGCAUCAUGUCCCAGAUGAAUGAUAUAGAAGAUGACGCCCGCAAGAAUAGGAAGUAUCCCUGUCCAUUGUGUGGCAAGCGUUUCCGCUUUAACAGCAUCCUGUCACUGCACAUGCGCACACACACAGGAGAGAAGCCCUUCAAGUGCCCCUACUGUGACCACCGAGCGGCUCAAAAAGGCAACUUGAAGAUCCACCUCCGGACCCACAAGUUGGGGAAUCUUGGUAAGGGCCGCGGCCGUGUCAGAGAGGAGAAUAGGCUGCUGCAUGAGCUGGAGGAGAGGGCCAUCCUGAGAGACAAGCAGAUGAGAGGGAGCAGCAGUCUCCAGACAGCUCAAACACCCCAUCUGGGCAUCAGCAGCAGCAGCUCUAACACUCAUCAGCAACAACUAGGCUCAGCCUGUGGCCUCCUUCCCCCCUCUGGCCUUGCCACUCCAGAGACUAUUUCCCAGCCUUCUUCAUCACCCAAGCCGGCUGGCACCCAGGAUGAACAGUCCCUGAACCCAGCCACAGGGUUCCGCUGCACCUUCUGCAAAGGGAAGUUCAAGAAGCGUGAGGAGCUUGACCGCCACAUCCGCAUACUCCACAAGCCCUACAAAUGUACUCUGUGUGAGUUUGCUGCAUCCCAUGAAGAAGAGCUGAUAAGUCAUGUGGAGAAGGCCCACAUCACAGCUGAGACCACACAGGGCCAAGGUGCUGGUGGUGCCGGUGGCACGCAGAUGGCCACUGAAUUCCGCUGUGACGUGUGUGGCCAGGUAUUCAGCCAAGCUUGGUUCCUCAAGGGUCACAUGCGCAAGCACAAGGACUCCUUUGAACACUGCUGCCAAAUCUGUGGCCGUCGCUUCAAGGAACCCUGGUUUCUCAAGAAUCAUAUGAAGGUGCAUCUCAACAAGCUGGCUAUCAAGAGCAAGCCGCCCCAGCCUAGUGAGCAGGACAUGGCUGCCGUCAACAGCAUGAGCAAUCUGGCUCAGGAAGCUCAUGCCAACCUUUAUUCCCGCUACAUCUCCUGUCUACAGGGAGGCUUCCUUUCACCAGACAAACAAGGCCUGAGUGAGCAGCACCAAAUGUUGGCUAAAGCAGGGAUAGCAAUGAAGGAAAAGGAGAUGCUAGGGAAGCUGCUGGGACCCAUGGCAGGAGGCAUGGGCCAUGGGCUGGGCGAAAAUGAGAAGCGCUCACUCCUGGGUUGUCUCAACCUCGUGCCACCACUCAAAUCGAGCUGCAUGGAGCGCCUCCAGGCAGCUGCAAAAGUGGCUGAGAUGGACUCCCUCAAUAGCUACCAAGCCUGGCAGAUAAUGGCUCGUGGCAUGGCUAUGGACAGGGCUUUCAUGCCGAAAGAGCAGCAACAGCACCAGCACCAGCACCAUAUACCUCCAGGGCAGGAAGAUGAGAUGGGUGGUGCUGGAGCCUUGGCUUCCUUCUCAAAGGAUAAACAAGACUACUCCUUGAUUGCUUCCAAUGAUAGCUCCAAGCAGAAGCAGCUCUCUGAAGCUUUGCAGGGAUCCAAGGCUGCUGGCGGAGCCAUGAUGUCCAUGAAGGAGGAUGGAAGAGGCUUUGACAGUCACCGUGACUUAAUGUCUCACCACGGUAAUGCUGAGGCUCCUGGAGCCCUGGCAGGCUUGGGAAGCCCUAACAUCGACUACAGCCUCUCCAGCCUCUCCAGCCUGAAGGAGAAGCCUUCAGAGUGCCCUGACUGUGGCCGUGUCUUCAGAACCUACCAUCAGAUGGUUGUCCACUCCCGCAUCCAUGGGAAAGACAGGAGAGGCAUUGAGGAAGCGUUCCAGCAACAGGGUUUGGACGAGCGCCGUGGAUCAGCAAGUGACCCCGAGUCCCAGUCCAUCAGCCGCUCCACCACUCCUGGUUCAUCCAACGUGACAGAAGAGAGCGGAGCAGGAGGAGGACACUCCCAGACGGGAAGCGUCCAGGAUGACAGCCCUCAUCCCUCCUCACCAUCUUCAGAUGUCGGGGAGGACUUGGGGAAGGCGGCGGGGAGCAUUCAGCCGUCUCUGUCCCAGCAUCGCGAGCGGAGUCUGGGCUCGUCCUCCAAGGAUUGCCCCUACUGUGGCAAGUCCUUCCGCACCUCCCAUCAUCUCAAAGUCCACCUGCGGAUACACACAGGAGAGAAACCCUACCGGUGCCCUCAUUGUGACUAUGCCGGCACCCAGUCUGCCAGUCUGAAGUACCACCUGGAGCGCCAUCACCGUGAGCGCCAAAAUGGCUCCACCACCUCAGGCCCAUCCUCUGGCCACACCCCCUCUUCUGACCACAAAGAGGAUCACGGGAAGACAGCCAGUGGCGGAAUCUUUGCCCGACCAGACGUCCUCCGUAAUGUUUUCAAGGGCAUGCCUCCCAACCUAGACUUCAGGGCAGGUCCAUUGCUGCCACAUCAGUGGGCGUCUGCUGGCAUGAUGUCACCGCAUGACCGAGAUCGUGAGCGGGAGCGUGGAGACCGCCGAUUUGACUCUGCCGUCUCAGCUGAGAACAUGAAGACCGCAGAUGGCCCCUCCUCCCUGGUCUCAACAGCGACAGAUAGCUUCUCCGAUCUAAGCAGGGCCUACCAAAGCAUGAUGGGAAACGGAGCCCACUUUCAAGGUUCUCUCCAGGCCUUCAUGGACAACUUCGUCCUCAGCUCCAUGAAGAAAGAUAUGAAGGACAACCAGAGUCCAGUCCAGCUCCAGGCCCAUUGCUACCAUGAUAAUGGUGAGCCCAAAGCAAAGCGGGCUGUUUCAGCUGAGCAGGAAAGAGAGGAAAAGGCUGAAGCCAAACAGAACUCAGAGCCUGGCAAACCUGGGUCCCAGUAUGAACCCCUUGAUCUGUCUGUGUCAGUCCGGCCUGAGUCUGCAUCUGGUUCUCUCCCUGGCUCUUCAGUCACCAUCCACGAUAAUGUGGCAUGGCAUGGCUGCCUCUUCUGUUCCUUCUCCACCUCCUCAUUGGAGCUCAUGGCUCUGCACCUCCAGGCCAACCACCUGGGCAAGGCCCAACCGCAGCGGUCUGAUACAGGCAAGGAGCUUCAUGGAGAGGCUUCUCCAACAACCUCCUCCAUUCACUCCUCCAACACCAAGACCUCUGGUGUGGCUCUUGACAAAGAUGGAGACAGAGAUGGAGAGAAAACCCAGGGAGGCUGGAACAACCACAUGGACCAGCCCUAUAACCCUUUCCAGAGUGACUUCUACAGGCGGUUUGGUGGUUUGUAUGAUGGAUCCCCGAGGGCAAACCAGGGCCUUCAAGGGUAUAUAGCCCCAAUAGAGCAGAGCCUGGACCUACCUAGCCAGGCUUUUGGAGGAGCAUCUUCAGCCGGUGAUGACCAGAUCGGUGAGAGGGGCUCCUGUGGAGACACUGAAGAGGAUCAGGUUGGAUCAGAAGAUGAGGUUGUAAAGGCUGGGGUGCGCAGUGCCAGUGAUACCCCCUCAACCACCCCGAAGAGACAGCAGCAACAGAAUCACUCUGAUGAAGAGGAAGAGGAAGGAGGAGUGGCUGAAGAGGAAGAAGAAAGAGAUGAGCAUGGGCCAAUGGACAUGGAGAGAGAAGAAGAAGAAAGCCCAGUUUCAGACCACCUCCAGAACCACCCCAAACAACUCCAAGAUGACUCCUCUCUGCCCCCAAGGAGCGGAGCUGGUUUGCCGGCAUCUUCCUCUGCCAUGAAACCACUUUCUCUGGUUCCGCAACCCAAGAACCAAGCUCUGGCGCUGGAGAAGCAGUGGCAGCAGGGCCUUGGCCUCCUGUCUCCUGGAGGUCCUCCAGGACUGUUGAAGGCCGAGCAGCAGACCCACCUAGAGCAGCAGAUGAACAUGCUGUCUGUCCUCAGAGCCUACAGCAAUGACAACCUCCCCGCAUUCAAUGGCCUGGGAGGUGGAGCAUCCACAGGGGGCAUGAAGAGGCCAGAUGCACCUGUGCAUCUCUGGGUAGGAGAGGAGGACCAGCCCAUGACCCAUGACCCCGCGCUGACCCACGACCCCAACCAUCUUAACAACGACCUUAACCACCCUAACAACCAUAACCUAGGCGACCCCGAGGGGCUGGACGCCCACGCUGUAAACAAAGACUAACGGCCAGCACCGGAGCAAGGCAGGAUGAUGAGGAUGAUGGUGAAGGCGAUGAUGAUGAUGAUGAUGAGGAGGAUGAAGGAUAAAUGAAGGAAUACACUAUAACAAAGACUUUAUUUAAGAUGAAAAAAAAAAACACAUACUACCGUCAGAGUCAAGAGAAGGCGAGAACUAUAUGAAGGAAAGUUCGGGACAGUUUUCCUUUGGGGACGGAUUUUGCGAGAUGGACCUAAUGACUUUUGCAAGCGUCCUCGGACGCUAAACAAAGUGACGGCAACUUUCCUGUGUUGUCUCCUGUGGUCUGAAUGCCCCUUGUCUUCGUUGUCUUUUCUCUUAUACAAUGUUUAUUUUGUUUUUGGUUUUCUUUUGAUGAAACUACCUGUCUGAUUAGCACUUCCUGUAACUGGCACCGCAAUCUCUGAUACAUUCCUUGAGCUAGAAAGGUGUGUCUUUUUUUAAAUUAGGACUGAAGUGUAGUACUUAAUCAAAUGCUUUCAAAAAGACUUUUUCUCUCCUGUUAAAUGAAGAAGACAGUUAUUUCCACGUCCACGGACCACCAUUGUAUUGUACCUGGAAUGUAUUCUACUGUAGAAUAGAAACUCAACUUUACCGGACUGUUGACAGAGACCAAGCACACUACCUGUCACAACAGCCACUUCUGGCUCUCCUAUCAGCUGUCAUAGACUCACUAUUUAUGUCCCAUGACCAUGCAUCACACUGAUUAUGGUUGAUAAAGGACAGGGCACCAUAUGACAAUCUGCAACACAAGUUGGUUUCCAGAAAUAAUGUGGUAUCGCUGGUAGAAAAACAGUUGACUCUCGAUGAUGGUGGUGCUAAUGAUGAUUGUGAAGGAGGCCGAAUAAUCAAACUGCCCUAAAUGUACUUAUAAUACUAUAUCCCCCCUCCAUAACCAGGUCGGUACAGGCCUUCACCCUGCUAUAUGGCUCCCUUUGUCUUUUUUUCUUCUUCUGUAUCAUUCAACACGGCGCCCAUAGACGCUUAAUGUACAUAGAGAGAUAUACAGUAGUCAAAAAAACAGUGAAAACUAAAGUUUUAAAGCGUUUGUGACGAGGAGAAGCAAAGACAGUAGUUUACACGGCCACGGAAAGGUAGGCAUUCUUCUAGAGUUUGACAGAGAAGAAUUAAAAAAAAAAAAACAGAUCUCAAAAACAAAAAAGAGGGGGGGGGACAGUUUCUUUCUUUAUCGCCCUCCACUCGUUUCUCUUCAUCGCUCAUGUCAACCUCAAGGACUUCUAGUGUUGCAGAUGUUUCUGAAAUACUGCCACUGAUCAUUGUUGCACAGUGUUACUGACUACUGAAAAUGGUUUGAUGUAUUUACUUUAAGAUGAGAAAAAAAAAAGAACAAAAAACUGGAAAAAAGACAUAUUGUGUAUAGCCUUAGAUACAAGUCAUCUGUUAUUGCUUCUACAAAGCUAUGUAGCUGUGCUAGACCGUAGGACGUAGGGUUGAUUUUAUUUUGGAUUUUUAUAUGUACUGUACAUUAAUGCCUUCUCCAUUUACUGAUCAAAAAAAAGAGGAAAAAGAUGACAAUCGUCUCCUGUGCUGAAAACAUAUUUGCCCCCAUAUAUACAGAAUCCAUUAUGCAUAGAGGGACUUUAUCCUUUCUUAUUUCUUUCAUUUGUUUUGGUUCUCAGAAGUAUUUUGCACUGUGAUAGUAUUAUAAAUCCAACCUAUACAGUACAAAACUAGCUAACUAACUAAACUGAAGGUGUGUGUCUGUGUGUCCCUUGGCAUUGUGAAAUGUUUCUACGUCAUUUUUUGUGAACCCAGAGAAAAAUUCUAAUGCGGUAUGUACAGUUCAAAUAUAAUACUUCUUUAUUUCAGUUCGAUCAACCUCUAUACUGUAUGUGGCUUUGACAAAUUGUUACCCAGAUUUCUUUUGUAUGCUAAUGCCCCCUUUGACCUGCAGCGUAGGCCUGUCACUGCUUCAGCCUGAGUGAUUUCCAGUGCUCAAAUUCCAACUUGAGGAGAUUUUGCCGCAGUACAGCCUCUGAUUUUUGUUUCCCCCCAUUUUAAUUUGAUUUAUGUAGAUUACAAUUAACCAUUCUUUCAAUUUCAAUAUGCCAGGAAAAGAGGGGAUUCAAAAGUAAAAUAACAAGAGUGAGACAUGAAAAGUGAGAAGUAAUGGUUGUAGGGAAAUAUAACAGGGUGUCUGAAGGGAGGAAUUCUGGAAAUGGGGUCUGAGUAAACCAAUCAGACGUAUCCUGCCGGAGGCACUGACCGAUGGCUUUGACCUCUGACCCUAUCUGUUUUCCAGGGGUGCAAAGAUGAGAGAUUAAUGGCGAGAGUCUCGCUUGGGCUCUCUCCAUCUCUGAACCAGCUAUAAUGAGCAUUCCACUCCACAUAUUAUGUACAAAACCUGUCUUGUGAGCUGAACACUCUUUAUGUUUCGCUGUACCCUCAUGGCAGAUGCUUCGUUUUGUAACUACUGAACUGUACUUAUAGUAAAAAUAAAAUGUAUUCAAACUAAAAAAAAAAAGGAUUGUCACAGAGCAA